AUGUUGUUUAUGCAAAUUUUAUAAUCUUAAAAAAAGUAAAAUUCAGGAGUUUCCAUCUGUUUACUAUGUAAAGAUAUAUUUUGCAAUGAGUCUUGUUCCUUAUCUAUUAGAGACCUCUUAAAUUAUCAUGUAGAAAAGAGGCAUCAUGGAAAUUCAAUAUUUUUGAGCCUUUAAGAUGGUUCAGUUACACUAAUUAGUUAAUCAACUUCAAUUAAAAAAUUUAAAUAUUUGUAUUAUAAUAAUUUAGGUGAAAAAAUAAAUCUCGAGAAUCUUAAUUCAGACUGGAAUUAAUACAUACUUGAUAUCACUAAAGAUAAAGAAUUAGUAGACAUAAUUGUUAAUAAUAAAUAUCGUAAAAUAAUUAAGAGUUAACAAAAAGGCAAAGCAAUUUUCUUUGAACAUGAAUAAUUUUUGAGACUUGAUUAUUUUAUAAGAUAAUAUUUUAAUUAGUUAAGCAAUUAUUAUUCUUAAUAUAAUUUCAGUCAUUAAUUACUUUACUGUUUAGAAGCCUUGGUUUCUACAAAAGUUAUAUAUUAGGUGACUAGUUCAUGUACUUAUUCUGAUGUUUAUUCUUGUUAAGCACUCUUCACUGUACUUUGA